AUGGCUUCAGCGAACAGCUAUUCCGUCAUAAUUAGAAGCCAGAUGUUAAGUCAGAUGCCAGACAUUCGUACUUCGUCGGAAUCCUCGAAAAGGUCCGCAAAAAUACUCAAACCCUUCUCCGACUCAGCUGACUCCACCUCUACCGACACAGUUGAUCGAUUGACCAACCAGUUUGAUGCUCUUGAGGUCUAUGAACCGUCAGAGGAUUUCAUCGACGCACCAGAUAUGCAGAGGCUCGAGCCAACAAAGAAGGAAGAAGCCAUCUAUGAAGUUGACCCGUCGGAGUCACUUGAUGAGGCUCUCAUUGCUUUCUGCAUAAUGUGUAAGGAUUUGGCUGAGAUCAGAAAGUGCAUUUUGAACCUCUGGUUAGAACUAGUCACUCCAGUAAAGGGUGGGCCGGACCACGACCCUGGUGUACUGGCUGUCGUAACCAACACGGCGGUCGAAUUCGGGCGCAGCAUUGCCGAAGAUGCUAUGCCUGCCUUCGAAAAGCACGGUGGAACGGUUGCUAUGGGGAGGGAGUACAUGUUACGCACCACAGCCUGGGAGGCUGGGAGCGAUUUCGAUCCUUAUCUGAAGGAGGCGUCGACUGGACACGGGUUCUAUGAUGCUCUCUCCCAUUGCUUCCAUCUUACCGAGACCACCCUUUGA